CUUUGGGUGGCACAACAAAUACGAGCAGAACAUACAAGCAUGAUCAUGUAUUGGUUGUAAAAAAUAUGCACUUUCCUUUCUUUGAUGGAACUGUUCAAGAUGUCUCAGUGGGAAUCCUCAACGUGAAGAUGUUUGGAAGUGGCACUAAAAAGUGGUUUAUAAAGAAGAAUAAAAGACAGAGGACUAAAGGAAGAAAGCCUGUCAACAGGAAGAGAAAGAAAUGGGUCGCUAAGGUCCUGAAACAGCAUAGGGAGAUGAUCCUGAAGGAACUGGAUGUCAACAAGGUGCUGCCGUACCUGGUGUAUGACAAAGUAUUUUCUCUCGGGGAAUACAAAGAGAUACUGGGUCAAGACUCCAGCAAGCAACGAGCUGAGCUCUUCUUGGAUCAGCUGUCCCAGAAGGGCCCAGGUGCGUUCAACGCCUUCUGUUCCGUACUGGAGGAAGUGUGUCCUCAUCUGCUUACCUGCUUCCUGUUGGAUAGUGAAGAUGGCUCAGCUGGAGGAAACAAGAAGCAAGGACAAACUAAACCAACGCACAGCCAAGAGAACGCGUUGUCCAAUGAACGAGACACGGUUUGUUUUCUACCUAUGUACACAGACCCACUUUUUGACACGAGGGUCUUCCCCAAACACGACAAAGACAAAUACGGGCCUGCAGUUUACUAUCCCAAGAUCCACGGUUUCAUCCACACCCCAGAAAACAUUGCUCUGCUGGAAGAAUCUGAGGGAUCGGUGCACGGCAAACCAUCCCUGCGCAGAAUCAAGGGCCGAAUCCACCGCAGCAAGAGCCUGGACAGCAUCGACCUGCUGGACUCCAAUAGUGCUGCAAUGGAGGAGACGGUAAUAUGGGAACAGCACACUGUAACUCUACACAGGGAAGUGCCACAAAACAGGAGAGAAACCAAAAGAAAUGUUGCUCUUCAGCUAAACUUAUAUUGCAUGGCCGAGGGCCUGCUGCAGGAGAAUGACAGAGUGGUGAUGGUUAACGCCGUCUCCAUGGAUAACGUGGAUCACGCAUAUGCAGUGCAACAACUUCGGAAAAGUGGCAAGAAUGCAAAAAUAGUAUAUAUUUCAGACAUCCACUCCGUGGCCUCCGAUCAUUCUAACCGAUCCCACAAUCGGAAGAGGAGCAGCCGCUCUCGUUCUCCGGACCGCCGCUCCGAGCCCUCGGACCACUCUAGACACUCUCCACCACAGAUCAGCAAUGGCAGGGCCACAGGGCCGACGGCUCAGAGAACCCGGCCAGUUCACCGAAGCCGUGAUGAAGACAGGGUCUCAAAGGCAGGGCCGCUUCCCCUGCCUGCUAAGAUGGUGGAGGAGAUGGCAAAAGAGCAGACUGCAGCCAGAGAAGAGAAACAGCUCCCCCCUCUGCCAGAGCCCAAGCCUGUGUACGCUCAACCCGGCCAGCCUGAUGUGGACCUGCCUGUUAGUCCGGCAGACGCCCCAGUGCCCAGCGUCACGCAUGAUGACAGCAUCUUACGGCCGAGCAUGAAGCUGGUGAAGUUUAAGAAGGGUGAGAGCGUCGGGUUGAGACUCGCUGGCGGGAAUGACGUUGGGAUAUUUGUGGCAGGAGUUUUGGAGGACAGUCCUGCUGCUAAAGAGGGCCUGGAGGAGGGAGACCAGAUUCUCAGGGUGAGAAAACAAUUAUACAGACGCAUUGUAGAGUCUGACGUAGGUGACUCGUUCUACAUCAGGACCCAUUUUGAGUACGAGAAGGAGUCGCCCUACGGCCUGAGCUUCAAUAAGGGGGAGGUCUUCAGAGUAGUCGACACCCUUUACAAUGGCAAACUGGGCUCUUGGCUUGCCAUCCGCAUCGGCAAGAACCACCAGGAGGUGGAGCGGGGCAUAAUCCCCAACAAGAAUAGGGCUGAGCAGCUAUCGAGUGUCCAAUACACUCUCCCAAAGACUCCAGGAGGGGAUCGGGCCGACUUCUGGAGGUUCAGAGGCCUCCGUAGCUCCAAACGCAACCUGAGGAAGAGCAGAGAGGACCUUUCUGCUCAACCUGUCCAAACAAAGUUCCCCGCUUAUGAAAGAGUGGUGCUUCGAGAAGCUGGUUUCUUGAGGCCGGUGGUCAUUUUCGGGCCUAUUGCGGAUGUCGCAAGAGAGAAACUGUCCAGAGAGGAGCCUGACGUCUUUGAACUUGCAAAGAGUGAACCCAGAGAUGCAGGCACAGACCAGCGCAGCUCUGGAAUCAUCCGUCUCCAUACCAUUAAACAGAUCAUUGACCGAGACAAGCAUGCAGUGCUGGACAUCACCCCCAAUGCGGUGGAUCGUCUGAAUUAUGCUCAAUGGUACCCCAUCGUGGUGUUCCUGAAUCCUGACAGCAAGCAGGGUGUCAAGAACAUGAGGACCAGGCUCUGUCCUGAGUCCAGGAAGAGUGCCCGGAAGCUGUAUGAGCGUGCUCUCAAACUGAGAAAGAGCAACCAUCACCUCUUUACCACCACCAUCAACUUGAACAACAUGAACGAUGGGUGGUACGGAGCUUUGAAAGAGACCAUCCAGCAGCAGCAGAACCAGUUGGUCUGGGUCUCAGAGGGCAAGGCAGAUGGCGCUCCUGACGAUGACCUUGACAUCCACGAUGACCGCCUCUCCUACCUCUCAGCACCGGGCAGUGAGUACAGCAUGUACAGCACCGACAGCCGCCACACUUCCGACUACGAGGACACUGAUACGGAGGGCGGGGCGUACACUGACCAGGAGCUGGAUGAAACCAUGAACGACGAGGUGGGCCUGCCCAGCGAGCCUGCCAUCACACGCUCAUCUGAACCUGUCCGAGAGGACCUGCCGGUCAUCCAGGACGCAACUGGGUACCCGAGCUACCAGCAUGCUGUGCCGCAACCGGAGCCGGUUAACCGCAUCGACCCAGCCGGGUUUAAGAUGGCAGCGCCUCAGCAGCAAGCUGAGGCCGCUCUGGCCUCGCCACCCCCUCCCUCUGCAGCGGCAGCAGCGCCCCCUGCUGUCCAACCAACCGCGCCACUAGCGGGUACGGACCCAGAGGAGCCGACUGGCACCCCUCAGGCCGACACCCUUAACAGCCCCGUCCCUGUUCCUGACCCCCAGCCCGAACCUGAGCUCGCUCAGCCCCCAACACACGAUCCCCCCCAGUUGCUUCCUCCUGGCCCAGAUCCAAAGAUGUAUAAAAAGGAUCUGUACAGCAUGGAUGAGGCGGUGCGAGUGAACCACAGCGUGAAGCCUCCCCCUCCCCACCACCAGCAGCAGCAGCAGCCUUUAGGGCCCCCCACCUCGCUCUCCUACAGCCACCAGCCUGUCUACCAGGACCAACAGCCAUACCGCCAAUACGAGCACCCGCCUUAUGGCUAUGACGGUGGCGGCUACGCACAACCAAAGCCUCACAAUUACGACCCACACCUGCACUACGACAGCCGUGUGCCUCACUACAACGAGCAGUGGCCCCCUUACGACCAGCAGCAGACUUCACCCCAACCGCCACCAGUGUCCGGCUACCCUCAGGGCCACCAGCCUCCUCCUCCCCCCCAACUGGGGUACGAACCUCGCUCUCCAUACGAGGAUGGCCCAACCAGGGAUUUCAGCCCCCCUCAGUCCCAAUACGAUGGCGUGUCACCAAUGAACUACGAUAACCGGCCGCGGCACGCUAAACCCGCCACGGCGCGCUACGAAGAACCGCCCCCACCGCCCCCUCCAGUCUCCUACGACGCCCGCUCUCCCUUUGAGUCCGAUCCACAUGGUUUCCCAGGCAAUGCGCUUCGCUCCCCUGAUCCGCCCAAGCAGUAUUAUGGUGAUGCUGCAAUGAGACCCUCGUACAACCCUGGAGCGCCGAACCGAACGUAUAAACCAGCGCCACACGAGCCUGUGAUGAACUCUGAACCUCCUGCUCCGCCUCCCAAACCUGAGGCCGUCUUGUCUUCAGGAGAGCCGGCUCACCCUGCAGCUCCCAAACCAUUGCCGCCUCCCCCCAGGGAUGAUGAUGAUGAUGAUGAUGAUGAUGAAGACCCUGCCAUGAAGCCCCAGUCUGUGCUCAACAGGGUAAAAAUGUUUGAGAACAAGCGCUCCAUGUCCGUAGACCGAGCCAAGGAUACGCCGGAAGUAGCGGGAAUCAGGCCCACAGAUCUCCCAAAACCUGUGAGCACACCGGAUCCUGUGCUUAAAGCCAACUCUCUCAGCAACCUAGAGCAGGAGAAACCCUCUUACAGAGCCCCAGAGCCCCAGAAAGCUCAGCCGCGUGCAGGGGACGACGUGGUGCGCUCCAACCACUAUGACCCAGACGAAGAUGAAGACUAUUACAGGAAGCAGUUGUCGUAUUUUGACCGCCGCAGCUUUGACAACAAGGCCAUGAAUCAGCCCAACACUGUAAUCAAUCGCUUCCAUGAGCCGCCCAAACCGUCUCAGCCCCAGAUCGCAUAUCCUUUUGCCAGGACAGAGUCUGUGGAGAAGGUGAGUCCUGUCGACAAGAGGUACGAACCCCUGCUGCCUGUCAACCCGUCACCUGCUCCAUACAGCCAGCCCACACCUGCUGCUCCACCCACAUCCCUGCCCAAACUCCGCAACAUCGAGGAGAACUCGCUGCCAGAUCCUCACAGCUCUCCCAAAGCCAAACCGGAUCUGUCGGCUCUCAGAGCUCCCACCCGGGAUGACCCCAUCCAGACCAGCUACCUGCCCCCCAAGUCUUCUAUCAACGGCACGGACGCCCCUCCCAAGACACUAGGCGUCCCUACCAGCUACAACCGCUACGUCCCCAAGCCUUACACCAGCUCCGCCCGACCCUUCGAGCGCAAGUUCGAGAGCCCCAAAUUCAACCACAACCUGCUUCCCAACGACAUCCAGUCCAAACCCAGUGUGAACAACAACCUGAAACCUCAAAUCUCGCCCCAGCCCCUGGACACCGACAGCGGGGUCGACACUUUCACGCGCACCAUGGACAACAGGCCCAAAUAUCAGCACAACAACAUCAACGCCCUUCCCAAGGCCGUUCCCGUCAGCCCCAGUGCGCUGGAUGACGAUGAGGAAGAUGAGGGUCACACGGUGGUUGCCACGGCGCGGGGCAUCUUUAAUUGUAACGGUGGCGUGUUGAGCUCCAUUGAGACAGGAGUCAGUAUCAUUAUCCCUCAAGGAGCGAUUCCAGAUAGCGUGGAGCAGGAGAUCUACUUCAAAGUGUGCCGGGACAACAGCAUCCUGCCCCCUCUGGACAAAGAGAAAGGCGAGACUCUGCUCAGUCCUCUGGUGAUGUGCGGCCCUCACGGUCUGAAGUUCCUGAAGCCCGUGGAACUGCGUCUACCACACUGUGCGUCUAUGACCCCUGAUGGUUGGUCUUUUGCUCUAAAAUCCUCCGACUCUUCGUCGGGUGACCCCAAAUGCUGGCAAAACAAGUGUCUACCAGGAGACCCCAAUUACCUGGUGGGCGCCAACUGUGUGUCCGUGCUGAUCGACCACUUCUGAAGAGAGCAACAGCUGGUCUGUUACUGAACGUCAGCGCGCAUGGACCCUUCUCCAGUUCUUCUACUCAGGAGGAGGGAUUUGCACCACUUUAUGAAGUAUUAAUUCUUCCCUCUUUUCUUUGAUGGGCUGAAGCGUCGUUCCCCAAAAAUAUCUUUGAGAAUAGCACUGAUGGCACAGUGCUAUGGAGCGCUCCUUUUCCUAUUCCCUUUGGUUUCCUCUUUUUUUUUUCCCCCCCCCCAAGUUUGGUUUUGCCUUUUUCUUUACCUUUUGGUGCUUGAAGACUUGCAAAAAAUUACAAAUGAAAUCAAACUGCUAAUGGAAUGCAUGACCUGUGCCACAACAGUUGGAAAAAUGACCCAAUUUUUGACAUUUGUAGCCUAUUUUACUCUAAAUAAUUAGAAGUCUUGAACGGAAUCGGAAAAAAAUAAAUGGAAAAAUGUAUUAGUUUUACGUAAUACAAGUGAAUCCUACUAAUGUGCUCCUAAACAGAAAAGUCAAUGUAGAGCUUUUUUGUUUGCAAGGUUGUGUGUUUUUCGUGGAACGCUGUAAUGAAUUGUCGCGGAUCUGGAAAGCAUGUCGGUUUCUAGAAAAUGAAGAACAAUUGAGACUUUUUGAAGUGAAGAACUGAUUAUUGAAGGAAUGUGACUGAUGCACUCAUCUGCUCAUGGACUUCCCUCGGCUAAAAAACAAAACAAAUACAAAAAAAUGGGCUCUUUCUCACUCGUUUUGAACCGAUCUUUUCUAGCGAUGUUUUAUUGUAGAUAAACAUUGACUGUGGUUUUCCGAAACUCCUGCUGUCUAGAGAUCUAUGCAUGUGCUAUGACUCAGGUCCAAACGCCUGCUACUAAGUUGAGUACACAGACCUACCCAUCAUACACUGCAAACAGUGAUGCCUUAUCUGCAUUUUUUUGUUACUUUGACCCAAAAGACUAGCAAAUGUCGAAUUUCUGUUACAGAGGGAAGUUACGAAGGACACAAAACUCACACCAUAAUGAAGCGGGAUAUUUAGCACACAAAUAAUGAAGUCUGAUCAACAGGUCUGCUUUUUCACUGCUAUGCAUAUGACGAUAUACAAGAACACUAGGAUAUGUUUCAAUUACAGCUGUAUAUAUUGUGCUAGCAUAUGGCCUUGGUUCGCUGUAAAUGACCUUUUGUACAUCUUUGUUAUUUUGUAUCAAAACGUAACAUGGAAAAAAGUUUCUUAACGGA